CCGUCGUAUUUUGUUCCUCGCUGUUCAAUCGCUCAAGGGAAGAGUCUCGAACCAGAAAGUUUGGCAACACUUUCCCGGGACGUUACCAUGAUAGAGGUGUCAUACUAUUUCUGUGAUUACGAAUUUCCGAUACAAUUCUUGGUAGUAAUCUUACGAAUUCAUAACCGGAAACCGAAAUUUUGAGGUGAAGGUUGGUUAUUUGAACUCAUUCAUCUCACGAUCUGGAACAUUUGGCGUCAGUGUGUACUGAUUGAUUUUUAGUAUGCUUCCAACUAGUAUUCCAAGGAAAUAACCAAUUGCAAAGGUUGUGGGCAGACAAUGUGUGUCAGUGUGACUGUCAGGAUGCCCCUGACCGCAUGGGUGCUCCUUUUUGUCUGUGGAGCCUCCUCACUCGCCGCGUACGAAACACGCGAUGAAAAGCCGAAAGAGUGCCCAAAGCUCAACGGAUGUUACUGCGAAUUCCUCCGAUACUCAGUAAAUUGUCACAAUAUUACUACCUUACCGAACAUGCCGUCUUGGAUUAAAAGUGCAAAGUUGGAGGGCGGCGGGAGAAGUCUCAGCCCUGCCAAAUAUAACCUUUCUCCUUCUAUGACAUCAAUCUCCUUCAAGGAUUUCAAAGAACUGGAUCUCCGCCAGUUCUUUAUAUCGUCUUCUUCCAUGACUCACUUAUUUUCACUGAAUGGUAACACCCUGGUCAGUCUUCGUGGAGAUGUUUUUCAUACUCUUCCAAGGCUGCAUACUCUUGCAUUGCAAAAUAAUAACUUUACUGGAAUGAGCACGGAACUUCUACGCGGACUGCGACUGAGAAAGCUGGUUCUCACUGGCAGUAAGCUCACUGUGGAUUAUCUUGCACAGUCAAUAUGUCAAAUGGAUGCCACGGAGUUAAUAUGGCUUGACCUCAGUAAUAAUGAACUCAAAACAAUGCCGGAUGAAUUGGUCAAAUGUGUCCCCUCGGUCAGGUUCUUAAAGUUAAGUGGAAACAACUUCUUUAAGCCCGGAUGCCUCGAUUCACUUUCUCUCCUCAUGCCCAGCCGUAUCGUGCUCGACAGAUGUAACAUCACUCACUCAAGGACACUGCAGUUUAUUCGUGGCAAACGGCUAACUUACGCCAGUUUUCGCUCGAAUAAUUUAUCGACGGCUGACGCGAAGACAGUUCUUUGUUACCUGAACUUUCAGACAGUCAAACACCUUUUUAUGAGCAGCAACAAUAUAGGCGACAUUGAUAAUGACUACUUUAACUGCAUCAACGCCAGUAAACGUUCAUCGCCAAUUUUCGAGCUUAGUGAUGGCAAUAUAUCUACUAUCUCCCCGAGUGCCUUUCGACCAUUUCAGCUCUGGGACUCGGUCUCAAUAAACAUUCAUUUUAACUCAGUAAGCAAUGUGUCCUUUUUACUUGGCUUCAGGAGUGUGCAAAUGUUGGAUAUCGGACACAAUGGACUGGGUCACGUUCCCCAAUUCCGUCUUAAUGGGCGAUGUAUGGAAGUCUACCCACGGCAGUUGGUGUUGAAGGCAAAUUACAUUUCUCAUCUGAGAGCGAACGAUUUUGAGUGCUUACCUAAACUUCAACACCUGGACCUAUCAAAUAAUAUGAUGGUGACGCUAACAUCAAAGGCGCUGUAUGCUCUUCACAGUCUGAUAGAGCUCGAUCUUUCGACAAACCCACUCGAACAUUUUGAACACGAAUCCUUACCAAGUAACCUUCGCUCUUUAAAUCUGAACAAAAACUUCUUCCGUAAAAACUCGGUGGGGGAGAUGGAGCAUCUCACCAAACUAGAAAAACUGUUCCUUUCUUGUGCAGGCACGACAGUGCUGCCAAACAGUACCUUAGCAACGCUCAAACAACUUGAAAUAUCAGAGUGGAGUUUCAGAGAAGACUCCAUAAGACAAAUAAUCUCUUCUCUCAAAAAUAUAGAAAUUCUCUCACUUCAACAAAGCAAUAUACACCACUUUCCGUACCAGGAACUGAUGAUGUUGGAAAAUUUAGUAACCCUAGACUUAUCGCGGAAUCGUAUAUCGGCUCUCGAUCACAAACGAAUUUGGAAAAUUCCGAAAUUAAGGAAGUUGAAUGUUGCGUCCAACAAUUUUGAGUGUAACUGUUCGAUGUUACCAUUCUCAGAGUGGCUUCGCAGGCCUCGCCCGAGGAUUGAAAUCAUCAGCUUGUUCAACGUUAAGUGUGCCUCGCCAUCAAAAUAUUAUAAUAUGGCUCUAUUCAAUUUUGAUAAGGACUGUCGAUCGCUGCUGCCGAUCAUUCUACCAUCUACCCUCGGCCCCAUUGGUCUCUUGAUUGCUAUUGUCAUAUUCGUCACCGUACGAUAUCGAGGUUACAUCAGAUACGGAUUGAUGCUAAUCAGGGCAAGAUGGCGGGGCUACGGAUCAAUCGAAGGAUGCAAGUUCAAGUGGGAUGCGUUCGUGUCCUUUAACGGAGCCGACUACGACUGGGUCUACAAUCAGUUGAAGCCGAAACUCGAGGACGAAGCUGGCUAUAGGAUCUGCCUCCACCAUAGGGACUUCACCAUCGGGGAGUUCAUCACAGACAACAUUGUCAAAUGCAUCGACAGGAGCCGGAAAACCCUUCUGAUUCUGAGCGAUGACUUUGCCAAGUCUCAAUGGUGCCAACUGGAGCUGAGUGUUGCCCAACACAAGUUGUUCUACGAUGAUCGUGAUGUUCUCAUCUUGGUCAAACUGAAUGACGUGUCCCCGGAAAACAUCACGGGAACUAUGCAGGUGGUCAUGCGCACUAAGACUUUUAUCACAUGGAGCGAUGCGCUGGCUGAGCAGGACUUGUUCUGGAAGCAGUUGAUCCUUGCUCUAAAACGUCCUCCAGGGGUGGAGCUCGAGGAACUCGAGGCCUGGGAGAAUUUGAACACUUCGGAUGAUGACUAGUGCCGCUUUUACGCACCUCAUCGUUAUAUGGUCAUAAACUCUCCUUCUGGCUAUUGCUUUUUCUUCUUCUCUCGAGCUCAAUGACCGAAUUUCGGCAUUGGUUCGUUGCAUCUAUUCAAGAUAUCGGUCAGUGAUUGACGUGUAUCCUUUUAACUCAUUGGUUUUUAGGCCACAGUGAUUGACGUGUAACUUCUACAACACAUCGGUUGUGAGGACAUAGUGAUUGACGUGUACAACACAUCGGUUGUUAGGCCACAGUGAUUGACGUGGAUAGUUACUAUCAACUGGUUAUUGAAAACGAUGUGGUUGAUGUAAAGAGGAAGCCGUCACAUCGAGUCACGGUGAAUGUGACGUUACAGAUCGCAAUCUUAAUGUUUCAGUUAUGUAUCAAUAUCAGAGAGAACAUGCGGCAAAGGUAGCCGGAUCACGAUUAUCGGUGCUAUUUACCAUUAUUCAAGAUAUAGAGCUACAUACAUCAUAAGACGAGUGAAAUAAAACGUUUGAAUUAUAUACCAA